UUAGCAGUUAGUGAGUGUCAAAAUCACGCCUUAACGAUUAGGUUAUAAAAUCAUAUGUUUUGAUUAUAAUUUAACUAAAAAUGUCUAAGAAACUUAAAACUUUAAAAUGGGAAUCCGUCCCGAUGGAAGGCUUUCCAGUUUCUAUGUCAGAUAAGCUUCAAGGUUUUGUUGGACUCGAAGAAUGCACGGAAUAUGGUCUCGACAGGGAUGGAAAGAAAUCGAAAAAAAAGAAGACCACACAAAAACAAAAAUCAACAAAUAAAACCACAGUUUUACGAGAAAACACUCUUAUACCUAAUAAAAAAGUGAAACUCGAAAAUGGGUUUACUGUAGAAGUAUGUGAUAUUGUAAAACCAUCACUAACAAAUGAUAUAAUGGCAAUAGAAAAAAAAUGUAUUGAAAAAAGUAAAGAAAAUCAGCCUAGAAUAAGGAAAGAUGUAAAUAUAAUAGAUAAGAAAAAAGAAUCAAAACCGAAGAAACGAAAGCUUGGUGAUAUAACAGAAACAUGUGAGAAGUUAACACCGGAGGACAUGUUGUCGUGGGCUGAAUUCAAAUUACCCGAAGAAAUUAUAAAUGCUUUAGCCGAAUUAGGAUUUAAAAAUCCAACUAAAAUACAACAGUUGACAUUACCAGCUGCAAUUCAUGGCCGAAGAGAUAUUCUCGGAGCUGCGGAGACUGGUAGUGGUAAAACAUUAGCUUUCGGUCUUCCAAUUCUAUCCGGUAUCAUGAAAUUAAAAGAAAAAGCUGAAGCAGGUUUGAAUGUAUACGAAAUACCAUACAAAAAGACAUCAGUGAAACGGAAAGUAGCAACAAAAGAGAAAGUAAAAAAGAAUGGAAAAAAUAAAAAGAAGAAAACGAAAAAUACAGAAGAGACAUCUGAAGGUUAUUCGAGUGGAGAAGACAGUGAGAAUGGAAAAGAAAAUGUAAGUCAAGAAGAAGAAUUUAUAGAAGAAAUAGAAGUACCGAUAAGGAAGAAAGAAAUAUCACUUGAUGAAGGCAAUGAUAGUGAUGAAGAUUAUGUUCACUUAUCAGAGAUGAUAGAUUCUGAAGAUUUAGCAGAAUCAAGCGAUGAUGAAGCAGAUAGAGUGGAGGUGAAUGAAAAUGAUGGUGAAGAAACUGAUGGAGUUGAUGAAGUUGAUGAGAAUGGUAUUGGAUGUGUUAAAGUAAUAGACGAUGUAGAAAUGCCAGGUCAUGUUGAAGUUAGAACGGGGAAACCUCUAUAUGCUUUAAUACUGACACCUACAAGAGAACUGGCAAUACAAAUAAGUCGACAUUUGAUAGCUGCUGCUAAAUACACAGGUAUAAAGGUAGCCACAAUAGUUGGUGGUAUGGCAUCAGUUAAGCAGGAGCGAGUGUUACACUCUGGACCUGAGGUGGUUGUGGCGACUCCGGGGCGACUAUGGGAGCUUGUUACUCAGGGACAACCUCAUCUGCAACAAUUAUCGUCCGUUAAGUUUUUAGCGGUUGAUGAAACAGAUCGUAUGAUAGAGCGCGGUCAUUUCGAAGAGUUACAACCACUCCUAGAACGACUGAACGAUGACGAAGCGCAGCGCAGCACGAGACAGAACUUCGUCUUUUCUGCCACUCUUACUCUGGUUCACGAUCUACCGGUACAUAUGAAAGGGAAAAAGGUUACAAAGCGCGGUAAAAUAAUAAACAGAAAGAUAGAGAAGAUGACAUCACAGCAGAAGAUAAAGAGACUUAUCACAAUGAUAGGCAUGACUGAUCCUAAAGUUGUUGAUAUUACCACUGAGAAUUUAGGUGCGGCAGAGACGUUAACAGAAUGUCGUAUAGCUUGCGCGUUAGAAAACAAAGACUCAUAUCUCUACUAUAUUCUGAAGAGACAUCCCGGCAGAACUAUUGUAUUCUGUAACUCUAUAGGAAGUGUUAGAAGAUUAGCUCAACUGUUCACACUAUUGAAGUGCUCUCCACUGCCGCUACACGCAAGUAUGCCACAGAGACAGCGCCUGAAGAAUCUCGAAAGGUUCCGUGACGACCCUCACGGAGUGCUGAUGGCUACUGAUGUGGCAGCGCGAGGGUUGGAUAUCCCAGAUGUAGACCACGUGGUACAUUAUCAAGUACCCAAGACUGCUGAGAACUACGUGCAUAGAAGCGGCAGAACCGCGCGUGCUACCAAAGAAGGUCUCACAAUACUUAUGAUGGACUCCUCUGAAGCCUACACGUACGCAAAGCUGCGGCGCACGCUGAACAAAACAACGGAACUACCCACAUUCCCUGUGGAUGAACGCAACAUGUCCUCCAUAAGAGACUUGGUGAAGUUAGGACGUGAAAUAGACGCGUUAUUGCUGCGGCGUCGACGCGGCGCGCAGGCGGAGGGUUGGCGGGAGAAAGCUGCUCGCGAGAUGGAUAUCAUCAUUGAUGAUGAUGAUGUACCGAGGAAAGAGAUAGAUCCGUCCAUAGAUAAAACAUUGAACAUAAAGAAGAAGCAAUUAGAGUCAUUAUUAUCAAGACCUAUGUUUCCCAAAGGAUUUUCGUUUAAGUUCCCAACGUUAAAUACAAUGGAACCUGAAAAGACCAAUGAAAAUGCUUUGCAGGUUAUGAAAAAGGCCAUAGAAACGGGCGCAAUUAAGAAAGAAAUGAGGAAAAGUAAAAACGAACCUUUGUUAAAACUGCAAAAGAAAUUUAAGAAAUAA